AUGCGGCGUGCCUAUCAAAAGGCGGUGACCAUCCCCUUGAACAAUGUGGAACACUUGUGGAAAGAAUACGAUCAAUGGGAGAACAAUCUCAAUCGGUUGACGGCCAAGAAAUUCCUCGGUGAACGCUCCUCUGCUUAUAUGACGGCCCGUACGGCGCUCAGAGAAAUGCGCACGCUGACCGAACAUAUUAAUCGUAACAUUGUUCCACGACCACCCCAAUGGACCGAAAAGGAGGUUCAACAACUGCAUCUGUGGAAAAAGUACAUUCAGUGGGAAAAGAGCAAUCCUCUUCAGUUGGAUGAAGAUAGUGCUGUCGCCGAGCGUGUGGCCUAUGCUUAUCAGCAAGCGUUUUUGGCCCUGAGGUUUUAUCCGGAGCUCUGGUAUGACUUUGCCAAUUAUUAUCACGAAAUUGGUAAACCCGAAAAGGCCAUGUCCGUUUUGAAACAAAGUAUCGAAGUGCUGCCUACCAGUUUAUUGCUCCACUUUGCUUACGCUGAGGUGUGCGAAUCGCGAAGAGAUCUGGAUGAAGCGAAAAAAGCAUUUGAUAAUCUCUUGGAGCGACUGGAUGAAGAUAUUGCCAAGCUCAAAUCCGCUGCACAAAAGGAGGUGGACAAAUUGAAACAGGAAGCCGAAGAGGAACGGGCCAAUAUGAACCUCGGCGAUGAUAUCGAUGGUGAACUGAAAGAGCAAUUGCGUGAACGCGAAAAGCAACUGAAGAAGGAACAAGAUGAAAUUGAAGAUCGUAUGAAGGAGCAAGUGGAUGUGAUUGCGCGAGCUUGCUCCCUGGUGUGGAUCUGCUACAUGCGAUUCGCAAGACGAACGGAUGGUAUCAAAAGUGCACGUGUCGUGUUUUCACGCGCACGUAAAGCCACUAACCGGACGUAUCAUGUUUUUAUUGCUUCAGCAUUGAUGGAAUAUCACAACAGCAAAGACGCUAAUAUUGCCGGCAAUAUCUUCAACUUUGGUAUGAAAUCCUUCGGUGACGAUCCAGGCUAUAUUGGCGAAUACCUGGAUUUCCUUAUUCAAAUGAAUGACGAUAACAAUACACGUGCUUUGUUUGAAAGAACUCUCGCCACCAUGCCAAUCGAAAAAUCAGAUCCCAUCUGGAUGAAAUUCUUGGAUUAUGAAAACAAAUACGGCGAUCUUGCAGGUGUACAAAACGUCGAGAAACGACGCAACGAAGCCGUGGGCAGUCAUAAUCCGAUGGAAACUUUCUUGUGCCGAUACAGCUAUUUGGAUAUUCAUGCUAUUGAUGAUCUCGAACUCGGCGGAGAAGCACGCAAAGAAGUCUCUUCAGAGGCAGGACCCAAGCCCUCGGAUCCAAGCGUAGGAUCGGUCGGUGGCAAAGGAAAAGAACGAACAUACAAAGAUAAGAAGGCGCUUCUGGAACCUGUUUCUCCUGAUCGAUAUCCUCGUCCGGAUUUAAAUCAAUGGAAAUCGUUCAAACCUUCUGCCGAGUCCAGCCGUCCUGUGGAACUUCCUGCCGCGACCGUGCCACCUGUGCCAGUGCCUGAACCGGCUGUACCGCCUCAUCCUAUGCCCGGUAAACCCGUGCCGUCGGGCCCACCCAUGGCUUGGCAACACAACGCUCCUCCUUCCAAAACGCCCGCUCUACCCGAUGCGGUCGCGUUUUUCGUUUCGAACCUUCCACUGCCACAAAUGUUCAAUGGUCCCAUCAUUCAAGCCGCCGAGUUGGUAGAUCUUUUACGCAAUGUCAUCAUACCACUUCCACCACAAGGCAGUCAACCAAAUAUGCCACCCCCUGGUCGUGGUCCCAUGGGUCCACCGCCCAAGGGUAUGGGCAUGCAUUCCCCAUCAGGUAGAGAUAUGCCACCUAUGCGCGGUGGCUACGGCGGUCCUGGUCGCGGCCGUGGUAAUUUCAAAUCAAGGUCAAAGUCUAAUGGAAUGAUGCGAGGCGGCAAACAGCUCGGAAAGCGUCGUAUGCGAGACGAUUACGAUGACGACUACUCGGGCCACAAAGGUAUGUGA